CCUCACUCGCCCGGCAAGCCUUGUUGCUGAGCUCGGUCGGGGUUUGUUCGCGGGCGAGGCGUUUCAGUUUAUUAUUUUAUAUAUAUUUUUUUUGUUGUUGUUGUUGCGCGCGCGGCUCAGCCCCUCACUCUCUUCCUCUCGAGACUAUGUGGAAAUUACAGGAUGCCCAGUGGAAAGAAAUUUAAACCCACCAAAUACAUACCGGUCUCCACAGCCGCCGCCUUGCUAGUUGGUGCCACCACCUUAUUCUUCGUCUUCACGUGUCCUUGGUUAACAAAAGAAAUCUCUCCAGCAAUUCCAGUCUACAAUGGCCUCAUGUUUCUGUUUGUUUUGGCAAACUUCAGCAUGGCAACGUUUAUGGAUCCUGGAAUAUUUCCACGAGCUAAUGAAGAUGAGGAUAAGGAUGAUGACUUUCGAGCUCCACUCUACAAGAACGUGGAAAUCAAAGGAAUCCAAGUACGGAUGAAAUGGUGUGCAACAUGUCAUUUUUAUCGGCCACCACGAUGCUCUCAUUGCAGUGUGUGUGACAACUGUGUUGAGGACUUUGAUCAUCAUUGUCCAUGGGUGAACAACUGCAUAGGGCGAAGAAACUACCGCUACUUUUUCCUCUUCCUCCUCUCCCUCAGUACGCAUAUGAUUGGUGUGUUUACCUUUGGACUGAUUUAUGUUUUAAAACAUAUUGAAAAGCUUGAUGCCCCACACACUGCCAUCACCAUGGCUGUCAUGUGUAUAGCAGGUCUUUUCUUCAUUCCUGUUGUAGGUCUUACAGGAUUCCAUAUGGUUUUAGUUGCCAGGGGACGGACAACAAAUGAACAAGUAACAGGUAAAUUUCGAGGUGGUGUAAAUCCAUUCACCCGAGGAUGCUGUGGUAAUGUGGAAUACGUACUUUGUAGUCCUUUAGCUCCAAGGUACGUGGUCGACUACAAAAAGAAAGAAUUGAUAACAGUAAAAUCUCCUUUUGUCAGACUUCCGUUGUCUGAAAGACAAAUUGCACUAAAGAUAAAUGACAAUGGAAUUCAAGGCAAUCUGAACAGAACCAAGUCCAAAGGAAGUUUGGAAGCUUUGGAAGCUCAAUCAACAGAUGUGGAGCCCCCACUCCCACCUAAAUUAUGUCCAAGCAAAUACACAAACCUCCAAAACCAGCUCGGCACUUCAACCAAUGAAGAUAGUGGUCUCUCAUCCAAGCCCAUCAACCCACCCACUCCUGCCAUGUUUAAGUAUCGACCAACAUUCAGCAAUUCAGAUGCAAACCCCAAAGUCCUCUACCAUGCUGCUAGUGAUAAGAUUUCCAUGCAGGAGGGACAUAAAGAGGCAGCUAUCAUGGAAGAGUGCAGCAGGGCCCAUGACUACAAGUCCGAGCCAAAUCUCGAUAUUCCUGACUACAGAUCGCCAUCACUUCACAAGACCUACCAGUCAUCACCGUUCCAACUUGACUCGCUCUCCGUUAGCUCUCGGUCUCUGAGCCUAAAAUCGGCCCAUAGGAGAGGAGCAGAUAAGGUUCAAUUACAUCAGUUGAAAUCGGACAGCUCGUCCCCUAAUCCAUACAAAAACAUUUUUGGCCCGAAUUCCUUGUCCAACAGGAAUGGAAGCCUGUCCUAUGAUAGUUUGCUCAAUCCCAGCACCCCACAUCCUGGGGUAGAUUCUGCAGCGCAUACUGGAGUUUCGGCUGUGGGGUACCAUUCACCAUACCUGUCGGCCAAAAUGUGCCAGAUCCGAGGGGCAAAUCUCCAGCGUCAGCCUGUGCAAGGUUACAGCCCAAUUCAUAGAGCCUCACCACCGCACCAACGGGAACCUUCGCCAGUCCGAUACGACAACCUCUCGAAGCAAAUAAUGGCCUCCAUUCAGGAGCGGAAGGCAAUGGAAGAACGAGGGAAACUCCUUCGAGCCUCACCUGAUUCAGUGUUUCUAGAUUCAGGAGCACAUGACACACCAGGGUCAUAUAACCUGCAACAAAUGAACACUUUACUGGAUGACUCGAGAAGGACAACCACUAGCAGAUACGGUUCACGGGAUAAUCUUGUGUCUCCUGCUAAUUACAGCACAAGGAACCCUCUGAUGCGUACUUCUGCUUCCUCCCUGUCGAGCACAGUGUCGAGGGUAGCAAGGACUUCUACAAGUUCCCUUCACGCAGACAUAGCGAACAACAAUGUGCAGUCCCACCACACUUUGCAAAGCAGAGCUGUUGAGACUGCAUACCGGUCUCCAGGUCAUCAAAUCACAUCCUCCUCAUUAGUCAGGUCCCCCUCUUAUGGAAGCCAAAAGCCUCUGUCCUUCGUCACUGCGAUGGAAAUGUCAGAAGGUGUGCCUCAGCCUCUGAUAGCCCCAUGUGAUGAGGUUCAGAUGAAGACAGCUCACAGCAAAAUUAACGGACAGCCAAAACGUUUAUCCAGAGUGGAUAGUCGGAUAAGCUCAACUUUGAGUUCCCAUGGUGCUACUGUCAGUCCCACCAGACAGUCCAACGUGAAAAAAGUGUCGGGUGUAGGUGGAACCACCUACGAGAUCUCGGUGUGAGCAGCCAUCAACUACAGCAGCUGUAAAGCUGGAUGCACUGUGAAGACUUGCAGCAGCUAUGUGUUAUUUUUGCCCAACGAGCUGCAGCCUUAUUCCUCCAGACAUAGUUUUACAACCAAUCAGAAACAUGGUUUCAAUUCAGGGCAGGCCCACUGCAAACUUUUGCUUUUGUCUUUUUUUUUCCUCUUCUGCUCCAUAAAGUGAUGUUUUAUCAUAGAAGGGAAGUACGGUUUUUAUUGAAACCGCUAUUGGACACUUGCCUAUCCAUUGGAAUCUUGUGUAAAGUUUUGUGCUGUGCUGAUUUAAUAUUAACCUGGACUUCUGUAAUGAUUUUAUGGUGGUGAAGAGUUUAAAUCUGGCCUGCCAAUCAAACUUGUCAAUGCCAGUUUGACAAAUGUAAUAACAUUUUAUUUUGUGUUAAUAGAUGCUGGCACAACUGUGUGGCACCAAAGCUUGUCGGUUCCCUUCCUUUUCUAGAGGAAGUGAUGCUCAUACAUCAGCCAAAAGAUGUUUUUAACACUCUCCUGUAGAAGGAGACUUUAUGCCAUUAGACAACUUGUCAGAUACCCUUGUAUGUGAGUAUAUGUGCGUGUGUGCACCUGUGUGUCUACUAGGCUUGUAUGAAAAAGUUAGAGGGAAUGCAUUGCUAUAGGGCUUGAAACCCUCAAAGCUUUAAGGAUGUUUGUAUUGAUAAAUAAUGCAAUUCAUUAAAACAUUGACGAUUCCUAUCAGUAAUCAAAUGUUGGAAUUGACAAUGUAUACAAUUUUAUAGAUAUCUAGGAGAGGAGUUAACCUGUGCUAAGAUAAUGAUGAAAGAGUAUUAUAAACUUUGCUGACAUAAGCAAAUUUGCUGUUGUGCCAUCUCUAGACUAGUAAGGUAUUAGAGUUCAGGCCAUUUUCACACUGCCACAAAGUAGUCGAACAUGAGGCGUUUGUACCAAUGAUUCUCACACGUGGUGUAAUUUGAUUAUUGCCAUGAUUUUAAGAAGCUGCUGAGGUGAGGUUACUUCACCUUACUGACAGUCAGAGAACAAGUCAAUGCUUAUCCCUCCCCUGCAUUUCAUCAUAAUAUCAAUGCAGAACUGGGAAAAGGUUUCCUGCCUCUCCAUCCUUGGCCUGGAAUUGCAGAUGGAUAUUGUUUGCCUAAAGAGGGAAAUCAGGAGAAAAUCAGUUCCAAUAUCAACUUUCUUUUUCAGUGCCAUGUUUGGUAUACUGUUUUGUUAAUUGUCAGCAAAAAACUCAAAUAUGUUUCUUGUGAGUUUUUAAGAUAACAUCAAAUGUGUGACACAUUGUGAAAUCAGCCACUUAACAUGGACCCAUGGACCCUGGUUUACCAAUACCAAGCCCUAGUUACAUGGAUGAUGUGAUAGUGGAUGGUUUUGCAGCCACCAAAGAGCUUUAAAUUUAUGUAGCAAUCUGUUGUAAAUUUGUCAAAGAAGACCUAUGUGGGGAAGCAAAGAAUCAUUGCGCCUUUUGCUACCUGUAUUUAGUGUUCUGUAAAGCUAAGCGAUUGGAAAUGUACAUUUUGCGUAAAGACUGAUGCUUGCUUAAGGUGUAUUAUUAUCCACUUAAAUGGGCAAAAGCUAUUUUUACCAGUUUCAGAAAUAAGAAUGAAACAGUUAACACACCUUAUGUCUCAAUGUUAAUUACUGCCUAAUGGGGAACUGAUUCAAACAAACCAGGAGUGUCCCAGACUUGCUCCUAGGACUAUGCUGAGUUAACUGACUUCAACCAGAGUGGCACUAGGAUUGGCCUUGCCAUUUCUGGACAGGGGACAUGGAGGGUGGCAAUGGUAGAGGUGGGGGGAAUUAGCCAGCAUUCCCACUCCUGUUCACAAUUCAGUGAUCCAGUGUUUGAAAUGGACACCCAUUGAGAACAGGAUCAAGAGUGUCUGAAUCAUGCAGCCAAAUGAUACUGUUUAGAUGCACAUGUGUUGGAUGCCAAUUAAGAUGAGGUAUUCACAUUUGAUACCUGUAGAGCCCUGUUUGAUAAUGAGUUGGCAACUUUACAGGGUGAGAAAGAGAUUUAAUUGGUCUCUAGUUAUGAUACAGUCUGCCUACCAGAGAAGCCUUUUGUAUCAUUUCAAUAAUGAUGAUGCUAAAAGCAAAACAGGAAAGUCAAAAGGAAACUUCUUAUGUAUAACUGGGGGGAGAAUUUGAAAUGAUGAAUAAGUGGAUAGUAAUAACAUGAUUCCAAGCAUCGUCUUGUAAUGUCAUAUGGUUGUUGCACUUAAGACAUUUGUAGAAAUGGCUGGUGGGUUCCAAUCAACCUUAUAGCCCCCUUAAUUACAUUAUUACUGUGUUUAGUAGUAAUAUAAAGUCUUGUUUUAUUGUAGAAAUCAUUACAAAAGACAAGUCUAUAAAAACUUUAUAUUUUCAAAACUUGCUUUUAAAUAAAUUUAACAGAAACCCCAAAA